AUGGGCGGUUCCUCUCCUCUCCCCCUGAGCUUGCAGAGCAAGUUCCAGCGAGCUCGGGCGGGUCAUUUGGCUCGCCUGAGGGACUACCAGGGGAAUUUCAAUAUACUUCGUAAUAUAAUCUUUAUCUUCUUCGUCCUCCGAAUCCUCCGGCGGUCCUUCUACUUCCUCCGCGGCUACGGGCUGCUCGGUUCCCUUGCUCUCCUCUACCACAGCACUCACAAAACCCUGUACAAAAUCUUCCUGAACCUCCCUGGUGUACGGUCACAAGUCUCCAAGCAACUUGCUUCCGCACGCAAAGACAUCGAAGAUAAACUGGUCCCAACCGGUCCCGGCGUGAACCGGUACCUGCAUCUCCCCAAGGAGCCAUGGACCAAGGAGCAAUUACACGGCGAGUUGGAGACCUUGGCGGCCAUGAAACGCACGCGGUGGGAAGAAGGCAAGGUCUCUGGCGCCGUCUACCACGGCGAGCAAGAGCUGUUGGACAUUCAGUUCGAGGCCAUGCGGUUCUUUAGCGUGUCCAACCCCAUCCACGCCGACGUGUUCCCCGCCGUCCGCAAGAUGGAAGCCGAAAUCGUGGCGAUGGUGCUCGCCAUGUUCAAUGCCCCCGACACCGGCGCGGGAGUUACUACGUCGGGUGGCACGGAGUCGAUCCUGAUGGCCUGCCUCUCAGCCCGGCAGAAGGGCUACGCCGAAAGGGGCAUCACGGAGCCGGAAAUGAUCAUUCCCAACACCGCCCACGCGGCGUUCCACAAGGCAGCAUCAUACUUCAAGAUCAAGCUACACGUUGUGCGCUGUCCGGCUCCAGAGUAUAUGGUCGACAUAUCCCGUGUGCGCCGCCUGAUCAACCCCAACACAAUCCUCCUCGUGGGCAGCGCCCCGAACUUCCCGCACGGGAUCGUUGACAACAUUCCUGCCCUCUCUAAACUUGCCGUGACCUACAAAAUACCCUUGCACGUGGACUGCUGUCUGGGGUCCUUUCUCAUGCCGCACCUCUCCAAAGCCGGGUUUCCUUCGCCCUUUGUGGAGGAAGGAGGAUUCGAUUUCCGUCUCCCGGGAGUGACAUCCAUCUCUGUGGACACGCACAAGUACGGCUUCGCGCCGAAAGGAAACUCGUGCGUUUUGUACAGAAACGGACAGCUCCGCGCAUAUCAAUACUUUAUCAGUCCCGACUGGUCCGGUGGGGUCUACGGGAGUCCCUCUAUAGCCGGCUCGCGGCCGGGCGCGCUGAUUGCCGGAUGCUGGGUCAGUAUGAUGGCUGUGGGGGAGAAGGGGUAUAUUGACGCCACGAACAAAAUCGUCAUUGCGAAACAAACGGUUGAAAACGCCGUGAAGGAACAUCCCGUCCUGAAAUCCACCUUGGCGAUACUGGGCAAACCCAUGGUCAGUGUGGUGGCGUUUGAAUCGAUCGACCCGCAGAUAUCAGUCUAUGACAUUGCCGACGCGAUGUCCAAACGCCAGUGGCAUCUCAACUCGCUCCAGGAUCCUCCGGGCGUCCACGUCGCCGUGACCUUGCCCAUGACAAGGCCUGGGGUCAUCGACGGACUGAUUGAUGAUCUCGUCGCAGUGGUCAAGGAAGAGAAGGAAAAGAUUGUGAGCCAACAGGCCACCACCAGUGGGAUUGUCGGGGGUGCAGCGGUGAAGAAGGACAAGGCCAAAGGCACCAGUGCGCAAUUAUACGGCGUCGCAGGGAGUCUGCCGGACAAGAGCAUCGUGGAGAAGCUCGUCGUGGCAUAUUUGGAUACACUGUACAAGGCCUGA